GUCGGAGAAAUGGCAUUGUCACAAAAAGGACUGCAGAUAUUGAUAGUGGCGUUGCUUUCCUUCCCUCAAGAAGCUUAUACUAGAAGUAUUUCUCUUGAAGGAUUUGAUCCCUUGAAACUGCUUGACUCUGAGAACAGAAAAGAUGAUAUGAUGUCUACACAAAGUACGGAUCGUACUGUAAUAACUCAUAAACACUAUGGGAUAAAAUUAUUCAAGUUCCAGUGGGAGCAUGUUAGCGCACCUCUUACUAUCGCAUUUUGGUUUUUUACGGUUACCAUCACAAAAAUUAUUUUUCACCGAUUCCAUUAUGUCCAUAGUUUAUUGCCUGAUUCUGCAUUGUUGAUUAUUCUCGGCUUGUUUUUUGGGUACAUCUUUCAUCUUAUGUAUCUCAAACCGGAUUGGUUUUUCUUGUAUCUUCUACCACCUAUUGCGCUUGAUGCUGGAUACUUCAUGCCUAAUAAAAACUUCUUUAGGAAUUUUGGCACCAUAAUGACAUAUGCAGUUUUUGGAACAUUAUGGAACGUCUUCGCCAUUGGUCUGUCUUUGUACUUUUUAAGUGGCUAUUUUAAAGUAGACACUUCAUUAAUGGAAUUAUUCAUGUUUUCUACACUAAUAUCAGCAGUGGAUCCAGUAGCUGUUCUUUGUGUAUUUGAAGAAAUUCACGUUAAUCAGCAGCUUUACAUUUGUGUGUUUGGUGAAUCAUUAUUAAAUGAUGCUGUAACAAUUGUGCUUUAUCAAACUUUCAAUGCUAUGAUAGAUGCGCAUAGUCUCACAGGUGCAGACUAUAUUACUGCUUCAUCUUCAUUUUUUAUUGUAUCAUUUGGUGGAUUAUUGAUUGGUCUUUCAUGGGCUAUAAUGACAGGCUUUACUACAAAAUACUCUCAGCAUUUGAAUGUGGUGCAACCGCUAAUAUGCUUGCUUUUCCCCUAUCUUGCAUAUUUAAUAGCAGAAAUGGUAGCAAUGUCCGGCAUUUUAGCAAUUGUGAUAUGCGGAUUAGCGAUGAAGCAAUUUGUUGUAGGCAACUUAUCACGAAAAUCACUUGUAACUGUUCAAUAUUUUAUGAAAACACUUUCAUCAAGUUGUGAAGCGCUGAUCUUUGUUUAUCUUGGAAUAUCAGCUGUCUCCAAAAACCACGAUUGGGAUAUUGUAUUCAUCAUUGGUACAGUAAUCAGUUGCCUUGUUCAGCGGUUCAUUGGUGUUUUUUUUCUCACCUACCUUUUAAAUAUUCAUCGAGUACAGAAGAUUGAUCUGGUUGAUCAGUUCAUAAUGAGCUAUGGUGGUAUUCGAGGUGCCGUAUGUUAUGGUCUUGUCAUGUCACUAGAUGCUUCUGCAGUAAAGGCCAAAAACAUGUUCGCUUCAUGUACUGUUGUUGUUAUUUUAUUCACUGUUUUCAUACAGGGUGGAACAAUUAAAAAGCUUGUUAAACUAUUAAAAGUGAAGCAAAACGAUGUGCACAAAAAAACUGUUUUCGAAAUGGUUGGCGAAAAUGUAAUAGAUAGUAUGAUGACUGGUAUAGAAGGUGUAACUGGUUAUCGUGGCCAAUAUUGGUGUCGACAAACUUACAAUAAAUUCACUGAAAAUUAUGUCAAACCCUAUCUGAUGAGUAAUGCAAAAUCUGGAGUGAAUCGAUUAAUUGAUUACCACGAACGUAUUCAAGUAAAAGAAGCAGUCAAGCAUUUCAAAGUGUAUGGUAGUUUUGUUGGUUUACCAAUUGCGCAAGGUAAAUCAAAUAAUGAAGAAGUGUGUGCUGAACCUAUUGAAAUGAUUGAGACAAAGGAACCUAGGCUGGAUAUGGAAUCAAAUGGUUUGAUCACCCCAGUGGAAGUACGAACAAAGAUACCUCGGAACGAUUCAAUUAGCUUAUUCUUGAGAGAUAAAUUCAGUGAACUCAAUUCGCCUGUAUCGAAAGGUGUGUACAGUCGACAUUUACUGGAUGUUGACAACACACCUCGUACUUGGUUCAAACGUCAGUAUUUCAAUAAGGGUAACUCGUUUGAUGCACUUGAAAAUGAAGCAUAUCAUAUGACUUAUCCGUACUGUAAAAAUACUCGCAUAAGAAGACAACGGGCGUAUGACGUUACUAAUUCUGAUCAAAAGGAGCUUUGGUUCGAAAAACCUGUUAUCACGUCAGAAAAAAGUAAUGACAAUGAUGCGUCUACCUCCAAUGAUUCUGCAGGAAAACCUCGUUUUCUGAUUUUAAAUGAAUUCGAGUCUGUUUCAAAAACCAAUGUCUCAUGCUCUCCACGUCGAAAAAGUGCUGAUCCGGAUUUAGAAAAAUGUAUGACAUAA